UUUAUCUCUUCUGUGACCGAGAGAGCAAGAGAGCAUGCCUCCAACAGGAUCUGAUGCUGCAGUUCACCACCAACCUCAGCUAGCCAUGGAUCUUCGGCACCCAUGUACCCAGCAUGCUCAGCAAGGUCUCCAGAUGCAAACUCUGGAACCUCCCCAUUGGAUCAGCCUUACAGGUACCCCAACCCCAUGGAUAAAAAUGUCAUCUCUGUAAAAAUCGUGGAGGAAAAAAGAGAUGAAUCAACAGGGGUCAUCUAUAGAAAGAGGAUUGCAAUCUGUCAGAAUGUGGUUCCAGAAAUUUUAAGGAAGGUGAGCAUUUUAAAGGUACCUAAUAUCCAGUUAGAAGAGGAAUCAUGGCUCAAUCCUCAGGAAAGAAACAUGGCCAUCCGCAGUCACUGCCUUACAUGGACACAGUAUGCAUCCAUGAAGGAAGAGUCUGUCUUCCGGGAAAGUGUGGAAAAUCCAAACUGGACAGAGUUUAUUCAAAGAGGCAGGAUUUCAAUCACGGGGGCUGGAUUUUUAAACUGUAUUUUGGAAACUUUUGCCAGCACUUUCUUAAGACAGGGAGCCCAGAAGGGAAUUAGAAUAAUGGAGAUGCUGCUAAAGGAACAGUGUGGUGCCCCCUUAGCAGAAUAGAGACUCAUCAGGGAAUUGUAUCCAUGUCUGCUUUUUUCAAGAAUCACUUCUUGGCCACAGGAGAUACCGUUUCUGGAACAUAGUGUUGAGGACACAGUGUUGGCAGCUUAAAGAAGAGAAGACCUUCCUGCCAGGACACAAAAUGAUACACUCCCCUGAGAGCCUUCAACUAGUGGGCAUGGGGAUGACAGCUUCAGCUGGUUUAUGUCACAGUCACCUUAUGAUUAUACAAACAGGGAAAAAAGUAGAGUAAGAUGACAUUCACCUUUCCCUGGAUGUCCUGCUGAUUGUCUGGUGAUGGUGGCAGGGCAGCCAAGGGCAGGAUAAAGGCUGGGUGAGGGUGCUUUUGUCCUCAUGUGACCUCCAUCACUUUUCAUAGGAUUCCCAAGAGGAUUUUAGAGUAAAUAUGGGAGCUGAACUUGGCACCCGAUCCAUAGAUGGCCUGGAACAGACAAACAUGCACCAGAACUGUGUCGAGGCUAAGCCAUAUUUAUAGCGAUGUCUGAGAUUCUCAGAAAUCUGAAGACUUUGGUUUUUAUCAAAAAUACAUAAUUUCUAUUAGUA